CCUGUGCAGGAGACUGGAACUAGUUUGUGGAGGUGCAGCCUGCUGGAAUAGUUAGGUUUUUUUGGACAAGAUCUGUGAAAGUUUGAGCAUCUUCUGCUUUUAUCCUGCUCUCCAGCAGCCUCUCUGGUUUGUGCGUCUGUACCGGACGAGGGGGCGGUGGGGUGGCGCCACGUCAUAUCAGCCGCCGCGCUCUGAUUGGCUGCCGAUUCUCACCCGACACAGCUGUGAUUGUUUUCUGCAGAGGAAGCUCUUGUCCCUGGAAAACAAGGCUGGCUUAAUCAGUUGCCGAGGCACGAAUGAUCAGGAGUGGAGGUUUCUCUUUGGACCAGACACUGAAGACGUCCUGAAAUCAAGGCUAAAAGUGCCAAAUGCCCAGACUAGAGGACCACUGCUGGAGCUGCUCCUGUGCAUCAAGAAUUGAAACUAAGCACUCAUCUGGAGCUAACUGGUUAGCACACAAAGCUGAAGAAAUGAUGUCCAUCAUCACCUCGGUGCUCAGCAAUGCCUACGGCUCUCUGCACGACGUCCGGACGGCCAACCUGAUCCGUCGGGGUCUCGUCCUCUUCACCGUCGGAGCGUUCCUCGCCCUGGUGCUCAACCUGCUGCAGAUACAAAGACAUGUCACCCUGUUUCCCGAGGAGGUGAUGGCAACUUUGUUUUCGUCUGCCUGGUGGAUCCCUCCUUGCUGCGGCACAGGGGCCGCUGUUGUCGGCCUGCUGUAUCCCUGCCUCGACAGCCAUUUGGGAGAGCCGCACAAGUUCAAGAGGGAGUGGGCCAGCGUCAUGAGGUGCAUCGCAGUGUUCGUCGGCAUCAACCACGCCAGUGUUAAACUAGACUUUGCCAACAACGUGCAGCUCUCCCUUACGCUGGCAGCCUUGUCCUUGGGUCUGUGGUGGACAUUCGACCGAUCCAGGAGCGGCUUUGGUUUGGGCAUCACCACUGCCGUCCUAGCUACUGUGUUCACACAGCUGCUGGUCUACAACGGAGUCUACCAGUAUACGUCACCAGACUUCUUGUAUGUACGCUCCUGGCUCCCAUGCAUAUUCUUCUCAGGCGGUGUUACCGUGGGAAACAUUGGACGCCAACUUGCCAUGGGUGGUGUCGAGAAACCCCACAUGGACUGAACAGUGGAAACACAGAAAAGCAGGCGAAGGACGGCCAAUGUAAAGAUGGACAAGUUAUGCGAAGAACGAGGAGAAUAACAGGAGAAAAAGACUCAUUGUUUUGACUUCAUCCUUUGUUCUUAUAACAAAGUGCGGGUCAGAAAAGCCCCUCAUCUAACGUGCCAUGUCCUCUGUACCUCCUUGUGGCCAAACAGCCUCUCCCUCCCACCUCUGUUCUACUCCAUUAGCAUUAAGGCUUCCUUCACACAAGACAGGAGGACAGUGUUUGCCUUUUUUGUUUGUUUUUUGAAGUGAACUGUUGACUGGUUUAAUUUUUACGCUGGAAGUACGUGUCUUUCUGCAGUUUAUGGAGUGGAAGCGUGCGCGUGUGCUUUAGUGUGGAUGCAUUCUGGUCUUAGCGGAGAAGACUGUUUUGUUUUUAGCCUCAAUAUAUAAUGAUCAUAAAAGGGAAAUGUUGUAUGAGUGGGCAAAAAAGGAAAUGUCUUCACUCUCACAUAUAAAUGCAUUCAGUGGCCUCACUGGGCCCCAGGGGAGAUGUAUGUUCCCAGCCAAAUUAAGUAUUUAUUUUGUAUGUUUUUGAAUGACCCCAAACCAAAUGUACUGUAUGAUUGGUAAUGAAUAUUGCUUCCCAUUUUGAAAGGAAAAGUUGGGAAGUUACUUUUUUGCUCAGAGUUAGAUGAGAAGAUUGAUGCCACUCUCAUAUCUGUACGGUAAAUAUGUAGCUAACGCCAGCAGCUGGGGGAAUUGUAUUGGUACAUAUUUACCAUAGAGAUGUUUGCUGCUAACACAUUUUAGACAAACAGACAGAGUAUUGUUAAGUAGGGAGAACGAAGCAUUAAGGCUCUUGUAUACUAUAAGCUGGCGCGCGCAAAUGUGACGUCAUGGGAUCGCCGUGACUAUUUAUACCUGCGCUGGUGCUCGCGACACUAGUUGCAGUCUUCUCCUGAACAGCUGUGGCGCUAAUUAGUAAAGGUUACCGACGUUGCUCUUUCUACAGACUAGAAGAAAAAGAAAAAGGUAAACAACGGCAGAACUGGCAGCAGCAUUGCCGUCAAUGCUUCAAUUUGAUGACCUACUUCAUCGGUUCAAGCCUUUCGUUCACCAUAAAAGAACUCCUCUUAACCCAGUAAGUUUACAAGAGAGCUUUGCAGUCACUCUGAGAGUCCUGGCAUCCGGUUGUUGGCAAACUCGUUCAGGCCUCCUGUUUCCACUUUGUCGCGCGCCGCUAGAGAAAAAAAAUAAAUAUAAAAAGCUGUGCGCGACCUCUGCUCGCGCGCCAUAAAUCCGGGCGCGCCGGCAGGAUAUUACAUCAUUUUGACAUCACGAUGGUGCACGCCACCUUGGAAGCGGCUAGUAUACCGUACGUUUAAGUCAAAGCAUUAGUCUGGAUUGAAAAACAAGGCCAUGUGCAUUUUGUUUUUUUAUCAGCAGAGUGAGGAAAGCCACCACAGUGGACCGUGUUUUGGAAGAAUGUACCAGGAGUAUACUACAAAUACUUUUGCCGGCAUCUGUCAGUCACUGUUAAAGCAACACUAGAGAACUUUUCCUGCUUCUGUCCCCCUAUAGGUUGGAAGUGGAAUUGUCCUAUUAGGUCUCAUUCAAACUACAGAUCCGCUACCCGAUCUGGCAAACUUGCGCAGUGCGGUUAUAGCCGAUAGAGAGCCGCAAAGCAAAUUCAGAAGUGCCAUUCACCUUGUUACGAGUGGAUGAACCACUGAAACGAUUUUGGAAACAUUAUUUUAAGUUACAAAAAGUUCUCUAGUGUUGCUUUAAACCAGUUAAAAACACUUUACAAUGAGUUUUUUUUUUUCUUCAAUGUGUGACCAGGUGUUAAAUGUCUUUUGUGAUCAUACACAUUUCCCACUCCAAAUUCAAACUAGCUCUAAUAGUUUGGGAACAUACACCGGGUGAAGGAGAGGGCAGGACAUUAUUACUUAAGAUUUGCAAUCUGUGAUUGCCUUUGUAUUAUAGAAUGUAGUGCUUUUGUCACUAUAAAAGUUUAGUUUGAUCAUUUGUAAACAUAAUGACAUUAUUGCUCAUGUAUAAUGGCUUUCCUAUGUGAACAGACCGGUAUUAUUACCACACUAGACCUACAGUAUGUUAGUUAGCGUUUGGGGGUCUAGAGAAUUAAGUGCAAUCAGAGUAUACAUGAGCCGAUUAUUCUUCCUUAUUUAUUAUUAAUUCUGACAAUGGCUAAAAACAAAAUGAUAACUUGUAAGUAUAUGCAGUGUGGAUACUUCAAAAGAAAGCAAUAACAUAUUUGUUUUGUGUGUCAGAGAUUACAUGCCUUCAGAGUCUAUACCAAUGACUCAACAGAGAGACGACAUAAAAAAAAAAAAAGUAUUGUGUCAAACUGUUGUCAAAAAUCUCAUUUAGUUGCACCGUCGAAAGAAACCUGAUUUAUUUUUUCAAAUACUUUUUUGUGGCAGAUCACUUCAGGUUGAAUCUGCUUACAUUCAGGUGUGUUAAACUGAAGAGGAAGCUUUAUUUUUUUGAGGUUGUGAAGCACCUUUUGUUUUGAUGUUUUAGAGUUUCUGUGUGUCUGAUAUUUCAGCAGUGUAUCAUUUUUGCUACCAUGGAUUUAAGUGAAAAAUAAAAACCUCUGAUAAGGA